UUAGAUCGUUCUUCUUCCACGAGUUCUGUCCAGAAGCAGAGAGAGAGAUAGAAAAUUAAAUUAUUUAAAAACAAAGUAUAUUUACUUCCCUUUGUUCAGACGUUUCUUUAUUAUUCUUCUUGAUCGUGUUGAGAAAUCAAGUUCAUCUCAUCAUUUCACUGUUCUCUUAUCUCUCUCUCUAUUUUUUUUGUCUUUAUUUUAAGUUCUUUUGACUUUAGAAUUUUCGAUCAGAAAACAAAAAAAAAUGAUGAAAAUGAUAACCGGAACAACCACGACCACUUCCGCCACCACCGCGGGCGAUGGUGAAUGGGAGCUUCGACCUGGAGGAAUGGUUGUACAGAGACGAACAGAUCAUAGCUCCAACGUACCACGUAUCAUUCGGGUCCGGGUCAAAUACGGGUCGGUUCACCACGAGAUCAGUAUCAACUCUCAAUCUACUUUCGGGGAAUUAAAGAAGAUACUAUCUGAUGAGACAGGAAUCCAUCACCAAGACAUGAAGAUUCUAUACAAAGACAAAGAAAGAGAUUCGAAGAUGUUUCUUGAUCUUUCUGGUGUCAAAGAUCGUUCGAAACUGAUUCUCAAAGAAGAUCCGGUUUUUCAUGAGAAACGACUCCUGGAGCUGAGGAAAAUCGCCGCCAAAGGGAAAGCCAUUAAAGCAAUCUCCGAAAUUAGCUUAGAAGUCGAUAGACUCGCCGGAAAACUGUCGGCUUUUGAUACAGUAAUUGGUAAAGGAGGGAAAGUUGAAGAGAAGAAUGUGGAGAAUUUGAUGGAAAUGUUGAUGAAUCAGUUGGUGAAGCUCGAUGCGAUCUUAGGCGAUGGAGACGUUAAACUGAAGAAGAGGAUUCAGGAGGAGAGAUUACAUAAUUACGUUGAGGCACUCGACGUGUUGAAGAUCAAGAACUCAAUGCAACCGCAGCCGCAAACGCAACCACAAUACAAGGAACGAGAUCUGGUGACACUUGAAGAGGAAGCGUCGAGGAAACGCACCGCUUCCUCGGCAGGUCCUCCGGUGAUCAUAACGACGAGAUGGGAAACGUUUGAUUCAAAUACCACUUCCACGGCCGAGGCCAAAUCGCUUAAACCUGUCCAUCAAAAAUUCAAAUGGGAGUUAUUUGAUUAAGCUAUAUCCUGUAUAUAUAUACUACACCUUACACGAUAAUAUCUAAUAUAAUUUAUUUUUUUUCAGAAUUUUGUAAUAUAUGUGGGUUCUCUCUCCGUUUCUGUAUUAUUUGUGGUUGAUCUUUUACGUCAGUCUAGCAAAUUUUAUUUUAUGUCGUGUGUUUUAGGAAUGUAACCUCUAGAAUAGCUUCAACGAAUAGUGAUACCAUGUAUACUCUAUAAAUCAUUGUGUGAGAUUAAUGUUUUACGUUGGCA